GUACAUCAAACAAAAUCUUCAAAGACGAUAAAUCCUGUUUUAAUAAAAGCAAAUCGAGUAAGAAUUUGAAAAUGGGUUCUUCUAAAUUGUUGGUUGCACUCACUCUCGUUGUUAUGAUUACCAUUUCCUAUGACCUCUUCUCUGAAAUAGGAAUAAGUGCGGCAACGCUUGUGAUUCCAACAUGCUUUGAAAAUUGUAACGCGACAUUUCAAGAUCCAGAAUGUAACAAAUGGUGUGCAUUAUUGGCUUAUAAAGAUGGUAGCUGCCUAUAUCCUCCUUCUGAGGUUGAUGAUCUUCCCCCUAUUAAACGACCUUACAUUCCUCGUUGUUGUUGUAAUCCUAUUACUCUUUCACCUCCUUCUCCUUGAUUAAUAUAUAUUUUAUUUUAUUUUACGUACCUACAAUGAAUAAAGAGAUAAAUAAUCUUCUUUUGAAUAGAAAAACCAAAUAUUCAAUUCGGUUCAAUUCA